CAUGCUGUACACAAGUAUCCUGGCACAAGCUGCUUUCCCACUUUGCAUGUUCUAUUCUAGCCAAGGGUCAGAGCGGACAUUUUAGCUCACCAAGUGUUGAAAGCAAUUACCACUUGGGGGACAUGCACUGUUUGAGAGAUGCUGUACUAUGGGCAUACUACUCAGGGCACACAGGACACGCUUGAACUGCUGCAGGAGUUUUGGCAAGACCCAUGCUGUUAACAUCUAGGACCUCUGAAAAAAGAGCGAAGUUGGAAGACCAUAGUCUUUUUUCUCCUUCCUCCCCCUUCUUUUCAGCCAUGGCAUCACCCAAUAGCAGUGACUGUUCCUCUCCAGUGCCCACUCUGACCUACUGCCAGGUGUCCUUCUCCAGGCCCCACUCCUGGAAGUCUGCACACACUGUACUGCAAGGCAGAUACCUUCUGUCUCUUCAGUAUAAAAAUUCCCUACAAUUGCUGAGAAGUUCAGUGAUGGGUUUCAAAACUGAAUCUCCCACCUGGCAAUUGGUAAUAUCUUAACUCUGGCUACAUAUAGGGACCAGGCAGCAAUGCCCUACAAAAUGCAACUUCUAAAUCGCCUCUUUACUACAGAACUGAGUAGCAAGAAGCCACAGCAGUCAACUGAUGUGUGGUUUGAAAAGAAACACAACUUCCAGGACAAGUGGACUGUUUAAUGAUGCUCCAUAAUCACAACAAGUCUGUUGUCUUGUAACAGUAAGAAGUUACGCUAAAGCAUUCUUAGAGCAGGGAUCCUCGCUUGGCUCAAAAUCAAUUGUCAGCCUAUGUUUAUUCAGCUGAAUACUUGCUGUUCAAGAUGACCCACGUCAAGCUCUGCAAACCAUCAGUAAAAUCAGAAGGAUUUAACGUGCUGUCCGGUUGAGAAGGGGAGGCAUGCCUUCAGUGUCCCUGGAUCCAGAGCAGAGUCCACUGUUGCACCAUGCAAGUUCCACAGAGCCAGAGCAAAUUUCAAAAAGUUCCGCAGCAACACUCCCACCUGCAAUCCUUCCUAUAGCUUACUCUAAAACCAUCUUGGUCUGCCUCCUUGUUCUUGCUGUUAGUGUGCCACUGUCCAAUGCUGCUUGCUUCUUGCAGCCAUUGGAGCCAGGAGAGACUGAUGGCUGCCGUGACGCAGAUGGAGAGCUGCAUAAAUUUGGUUCCAGCUGGAGAGAUGCAGACUGCAAUGAUUGCACCUGUGACGAGAUCGGAAUGAACUGCUGCUCCAGCUAUGUAACACCAGUUGACUAUGAUACAGAGAAGUGUGAAAGCAUUUUCAAUCAAGAGGCCUGCACUUACAAAGUAGUGGAGAAAGAUGAUCACUCAAAAGAAUGCCCAGUCCAUAGCUGGGUGGGUUAGCAAAGAAGGAUGGUGUAUUGGAGGAUAUUCCCUCCCUUUUUUUAAAGGAUUCUCCCACAUAAAUUCAGAGACACUGAAAAAUGCAGCUGUUGAGUGAAAUCUGCUCAUAAAAUCUAAUACUUAAUAAAAUUGAGUAUCUGCUCACAAAACACUCCCUUGGUUUCUCUGCCUUCUGCCUCACCAUGAAGAUAGAACUGACUUGUUCCUUGAGAGCAGAAAUUAAAGCCAACCUUUUAAAGCAUUUUCAGUAGCUGCUAAUUUUAAUUUUUUCAGUCCCAGGGAGUAUAUUCUGUUACUUGUGCACAGCUGCAUCUUAAAGCUAAAAUAA